AUGGCUGUGCACGCUACAGCUCACGAAUCAUGUCGGUUGGAGCCUCCUGCGGCGGUGAAAGCUUUGGCGUUGGAUCACACUGUAUCUAUUAUGGAGACGCUCAUAUCGAGGCCGAAGCCUGGCCGACCUCAGAGAAGCUAUAAACAGGUUACAUUCGUCACAAUUCUCCGAAGUCUACCAUCAACCGCUGGCUCGAAUCUUGCAAAGAUGAAGCCCGAUCAUUUCCUGACUGCAGUGUCCUUGGGCUCUGCCUGUACCGCGCAAAGCACUCCAUAUGUGCCGUUCUAUAGCUCCGAGUGGGGCGGACCGGUCCAACUCGCAGAGAACUUCAAUAGCUCUUCGAAUACUUCGGCCUUCAAUCUUGUAGAGGCUACCCUCGUCAUGCCCCAUCUUUCAAUUCCUCAGAACCCACGCGCGAGAGUCGAUCGCUACACGGUAGCGUCCUGGAUCGGUCUGGAUGGCUUCCCCCGAUCAGAUGGUGGCGGGCCCCGUGGCCUGUGGCAAGCCGGUGUGUUCAUGUCGAUAUGGGAGAAUGGAACAACCGAGUAUUCGGGCUUUUACGAAUGGGUGCCAAGCGAUCCAGUCUUCCUAACCGCAUCGCAGCUCGCGAUUUGCGAGGGCGAUCACAUUCGAGUCAUGAUCAAUACGACCGAUGCUGGCUACUGUGGUACAACGACGCUCACCAACCUCAACACCAGCCAGACCUUCGCAUAUAGUCAGGCGGCUCCGACAGCGUGGAGAGGUCCUACCUUUCCAGCCCCGGGGUCCUCAGCGGAAUGGAUCAUGGAGGCAGCCGCGUAUUUGAACACUACUAAAUUCGUCCUUCCCGACUGGGGCAACGCCUCGAUGUUGGACGCCAGAGCUUGUUAUGUGAGCGGUGACUGUGUGGUACCAGGAGACAUCGACAAGCCCGAGGACACGCGAAUGGCGGUCGUGCUGUGGAAUGAGACACAGACUGUGAAUACCCAGUCAACAGUCGAUGGGAGUAGCGUCUCGAUUGCUUACGUCGAGCUCCCUUUCAGCAGUCAGUUGGGCCAGUGA